GCCCAUCGCCCGGAAGCCGGAGAGGAGCCGAGGGGCUGCUCCCGAGCCGGAGCGGGAGAACCCGGCUGAGCAGACAGCGGGGCGGACGCACGGGAUCCGCGUUCCCGACUCGCUCCCUCCCUGUGCUCCCGCCGCCGCCCCGCUCGUCUCCGACGCUAGCGCUGGCGCCUGCGGUCGGCCUCCAACGGCGCUCCGGAGGGACCCGGGCAGCAGCUCCCGGCGCCCGGGACUGGAGGCUGAUGCAUGACGGGCCCACGGAGGCGAAGGAGCGGUGGUGAUGGUUUGGGGAGCGGAGCUGAAGUGCGCUGGGCUUUGGUGAAGCGUGACAGUUUAUCAUGACCGUGUUCAGGCAGGAAAACGUGGAUGACUACUACGACACCAGCGAGGAACUUGGCAGGUCAUUGACUUCCCAUAGACAAAAGAAAUUCCCCUGGUCUGUCAAGGGGGUGACCUUGUUCAGAUGCGGGCAGUUUGCCGUGGUGAAGAAAUGCCGCGAGAAGAGCACCGGCCUGCAGUACGCCGCCAAGUUCAUCAAGAAGCGGAGGACGAAAUCCAGCCGGCGGGGCGUGAGCCGCGAGGACAUCGAGCGCGAGGUCAGCAUCCUGAAGGAGAUCCAGCACCCCAACGUCAUCACCCUGCACGAGGUCUACGAGAGCAAGACCGAUGUCAUCCUGAUUUUGGAGCUGGUUGCAGGUGGCGAGCUGUUUGACUUCUUAGCCGAAAAGGAAUCGUUGACUGAAGAGGAAGCGACCGAAUUUCUCAAACAAAUUCUUAAUGGUGUUUACUACCUGCACUCCCUUCAGAUUGCCCACUUUGAUCUUAAGCCUGAAAACAUAAUGCUUUUGGAUAGAAAUGUUCCCAAACCUCGGAUCAAGAUCAUCGACUUUGGGUUGGCCCAUAAAAUUGACUUUGGAAACGAAUUCAAAAACAUAUUUGGGACUCCAGAAUUUGUUGCUCCUGAGAUAGUCAACUAUGAACCUCUUGGGCUCGAGGCAGAUAUGUGGAGUAUUGGGGUAAUCACCUACAUUCUCCUAAGUGGGGCUUCGCCAUUUCUCGGAGACACUAAGCAAGAAACGUUAGCAAAUGUGUCCGCUGUCAACUACGAAUUUGAGGAAGAAUACUUCAGUAAUACCAGUGCCCUCGCCAAAGACUUCAUAAGAAGACUGCUCGUCAAGGAUCCAAAGAAGAGAAUGACAAUUCAAGAUAGUUUACAGCAUCCCUGGAUCAAGCCUAAAGAUACCCAACAAGCACUUAGUAGAAAAGCAUCAGCAGUAAACAUGGAGAAAUUCAAGAAGUUCGCAGCCCGGAAAAAGUGGAAACAAUCUGUUCGCUUGAUAUCACUGUGCCAAAGAUUAUCCAGGUCAUUCUUAUCCAGAAGUAACAUGAGUGUCGCCAGAAGUGAUGAUACUCUGGAUGAGGAAGACUCCUUUGUGAUGAAAGCCAUCAUCCAUGCCAUCAACGACGACAAUGUCCCAGGCCUGCAGCACCUCCUCGGCUCCUUGUCCAACUAUGAUGUCAACCAACCCAACAAGCAUGGAACACCUCCGUUACUUAUUGCUGCUGGCUGUGGAAAUAUUCAAAUGCUACAGUUGCUCAUUAAAAGAGGUUCAAGAAUCGAUGUCCAGGAUAAGGGUGGAUCCAAUGCCAUCUACUGGGCCUCUCGUCAUGGCCACGUGGAUACCUUGAAAUUUCUCCAUGAGAACAAAUGUCCUUUGGAUGUGAAAGACAAGUCUGGAGAGACAGCCCUUCACGUGGCAGCUCGUUACGGCCAUGCUGAUGUGGUUCAGUUACUGUGCAACUUCGGCUCCAAUCCCAAUUUCCAGGACAAGGAAGAAGAAACCCCUCUGCACUGUGCUGCCUGGCACGGCUACUACUCUGUGGCCAAAGCCCUGUGUGAAGCUGGCUGCAACGUGAACAUUAAGAACCGAGAAGGAGAGACGCCCCUCCUGACCGCCUCCGCCAGGGGCUACCACGACAUCGUGGAGUGUCUGGCUGAACAUGGAGCCGACCUUAAUGCCUCUGACAAGGAUGGACACAUCGCUCUCCAUCUCGCCGUGAGACGAUGUCAGAUGGAGGUCAUCCAGACUCUCAUCAGCCAGGGAUGCUUCGUUGAUUUCCAAGACAGGCACGGCAACACCCCGCUCCACGUGGCCUGCAAGGAUGGCAAUGUGCCUAUUGUGGUGGCCCUCUGUGAAGCCAACUGCAAUUUGGAUAUCUCAAACAAGUACGGACGGACACCUCUGCACCUUGCAGCCAACAACGGGAUUCUGGACGUGGUCCGCUACCUCUGUCUGACGGGCGCCAACGUGGAGGCGCUGACCUCGGAUGGAAAGACGGCGGAAGACCUCGCUAGAUCGGAACAGCACGAACAUGUAGCAGGUCUCCUGGCAAGACUCCGAAAGGAUACACACCGAGGACUCUUCAUCCAGCAACUUCGACCCACACAGAACCUGCAGCCAAGAAUCAAACUGAAGCUGUUCGGCCACUCGGGCUCUGGGAAAACCACCCUGGUGGAGUCACUCAAGUGUGGGCUGCUGAGGAGCUUCUUCCGGAGACGCCGGCCCAGACUCUCCUCCACCAGCUCCACCAGGUUCCCGCCGUCGCCCCUGGCUUCCAAGCCGGCAGUCUCCGUGAGCAUCAGCAACCUGUACCCGGGCUGCGAGAACGUGAGCGUGCGGAGCCGCAGCAUGAUGUUCGAGCCGGGCCUCACCAAGGGGGUGCUGGAAGUGUUCGUGGCCCCGUCCCACCACCUGCACUGCUCCGCCGAUGACCAGUCCACCAAGGCCAUCGACAUCCAGAACGCCUACUUGAACGGAGUUGGCGAUUUCAGCGUGUGGGAGUUCUCUGGAAACCCCGUGUACUUCUGCUCUUAUGACUAUUUUGCUGCAAAUGAUCCCACAUCAGUCCAUGUCGUCGUUUUCAGUCUAGAAGAACCUUACGAGAUCCAGCUGAAUCAAGUGAUUUUCUGGCUCAGUUUCCUGAAGUCUCUUGCUCCAGUUGAAGAACCCAUAGCCUUUGGCGGCAAGCUGAAGAACCCACUGCGCGUUGUCCUGGUGGCCACCCAUGCCGACAUCAUGAAUGUUCCUCGUCCUGCUGGAGGCGAGUUUGGCUACGACAAAGACACCGCGUUGCUGAAAGAGAUCAGGAACAGGUUUGGGAAUGAUCUUCACAUUUCAAACAAGCUGUUUGUUCUGGAUGCUGGGGCUUCUGGGUCUAAGGACAUGAAGGUACUUCGAAAUCACCUGCAGGAGAUACGGAGCCAGAUUGUUUCGGUCUGCCCCCCGAUGACUCACCUGUGUGAGAAAAUCAUCUCCACACUACCUUCCUGGAGGAAGCUCAAUGGGCCCAACCAGCUGAUGUCGCUGCAGCAGUUCGUGUAUGACGUGCAGGAUCAACUGAACCCCCUGGCCAGUGAGGAGGACCUCAGAUGCAUAGCCCAGCAGCUCCACAGUGCCGGCGAGAUCAACAUCAUGCAGAGUGAAACAGUCCAGGACGUGCUGCUCCUGGACCCCCGCUGGCUCUGCACCAACGUCUUGGGGAAGCUGCUCUCUGUGGAGACUCCACGGGCCCUGCACCAUUACAGGGGCCGCUACACCAUGGAGGACAUCCAGCGCCUGGUGCCCGACAGUGACGUGGAGGAGCUGCUGCAGAUCCUAGAUGCCAUGGACAUCUGUGCCCGGGACCUGAGCAGUGGGACCAUGGUGGACAUCCCCGCCCUGAUCAAGACAGACAAUCUGCAUCGCUCCUGGACAGACGAGGAGGAUGAAGUGAUGGUCUACGGUGGUGUACGCAUCGUCCCCGUGGAGCACCUCACCCCCUUCCCGUGCGGCAUCUUUCACAAGAUCCAGGUGAACCUGUGCCGGUGGAUCCACCAACAGAGUGCCGAGGGAGACGCAGACAUUCGCCUGUGGGUGAGCGGCUGCAAGAUUGCCAACCGUGGGGCCGAGGUUCUGGUGCUCCUGGUCAACCACGGCCAGGGCAUCGAGGUCCAGGUGCGCGGGCUGGAGAUGGAAAAGAUCAAGUGCUGCCUCCUGCUGGACUCGGUGUGCAGCACCAUCGAGAACGUCAUGGCCACCACGCUGCCAGGGCUGUUGACUGUGAAGCAUUACCUGAGCCCCCAACAGCUGAGGGAGCACCACGAGCCUGUCAUGAUCUACCAGCCGCGGGACUUCUUCCGGGCGCAGACCCUGAAGGAGACCUCGCUGACUAACACCAUGGGUGGGUACAAGGAAAGCUUCAGCAGCAUCAUGUGCUUUGGGUGUCACGACAUCUACUCACAGGCUAGCCUGGGGAGGGACAUCCACGCAUCGGACCUGAACCUCCUGACCCGAAGGAAACUCAGUCGCUUGCUGGACCCUCCCGAUCCUAUGGGGAAGGACUGGUGCCUUCUUGCCAUGAACUUGGGCCUCCCUGACCUUGUGGCAAAGUACAACACCAAUAAUGGGGCUCCCAAGGAGUUCCUCCCGAGCCCAGUCCAUGCCCUGCUCCGGGAAUGGACCUCCUACCCCGAGAGCACAGUUGGCAUCCUUAUGUCCAAACUUCGGGAGCUGGGGCGCCGAGAUGCAGCAGACUUUCUACUGAAGGCAUCGUCUGUGUUCAAAAUCAACCUCGAUGGCAAUGGCCAGGAGGCCUACGCCUCAAGCUGCAACAGUGGCACAUCUUAUAAUUCCAUUAGCUCGGUCGUGUCCAGGAAAAUCCCUCAUGUAUGGACUCCCACUGUAUGAUUUAUAAAUAGACAAUAUGUGAGUGCCUUUUGCAGACGAGGUUGUGUUUGGAAUCAUCGAGUCAGCCAGGAGCUGUCACGAAGGAAAUGUUCCCUCUCUGCUCCUUGCUGUAGGCUGAUCAUCGCCAGAGGUGCUUCACCCUCAGUUGUGUUUCGUUUUUCCGGCAAUUUCUGUGUUUUAUGUGGCGAGGAAAGGGGAGAAAGGAACCCUCCUCUAGAGCGAUUUCAUGGCCAGUGUUGUUGCUGCGAUAAGACAUGUAUCCGUUAGCUUUUGUUUAAACGUCAGUGUGGACGUCCACCUGGAAUCAGCGAACUGUGCCUCAGCGUCCCCUCGUCUCAGGUAGAAGGUCGGCUCGGUUGUAGGGCUGUGAAGAUCUGUGCGAGAUCCAAAACCCGACUCGUGGUUUGUGGCAGUCCCUUGUCAUUUGUGCAUAGCAGAUGGUUUCCCACAUUGAGAUCCAGACUUGACAACUUCCUGUACUUGAAGUCUAAAAAAGAAAAUAAAGGAAGCAAGUUUUCUUGCAGUGAUUAUUAAAUUGUGAUCAAGUUUUAAAUUCAUAUGAGGGAACAUAUCCUAAUUCUCCUGUCCUGAGAAGCAUG